AUGAAAGCAGCCCGAAGAGUCCUCUGGUCAUCCCACGCAGAGCUGUCCGAGCUCUAUGACUAUCUGUUUGCCCCCGGGGCCGAUCUUGAUAGUCGUCGCAGAGGACUCGCCAGGAUGAGCAUCUAUAUUUCGUCCCCCUCCUGCCCCGCUUUCAUUCAUCUGCUUCAUUCGCUAGUAGCUGCCGAGCUUCUGCCCUUCCCGCCCCCUCGAGGCGCGGAAGAGUCGCAGAGGAUGAGGAUGAUGAUGGCCAUGGCUAUCGUGCGCUUUGUCAAUGGCCUCGUUGACCCUCUUCAGACUGGUUCAUACGCCAGGCCUAUAUCGCAUUUGGCUGCUAGUCUCGGCCUUCCCCCUUCGUUGAUCGCCCUCCGUCACCGAGCGACGCACGAAGAUUUACCGCCAUUACCGCUCUUACAACAGGCUAUCGCACAGUGUAUCUUCUAUCUUCACCAAAACUCUUUCCUCCCUCUGCUCUCUCUGAGCUACAACAAUGGUCAAAAUCUAAAUGGCGUCAUGUCAGAAAGAGACGUAUUGGCCAAGAAGAGAAUAGACAGUCUGCUGCGGCGCUGGAAGAAGGUCAUGAAGACCCGUUUGAGGGAGAAGGAAGUUAGAGAGGAAGAUGUGAGCGGGUUGGAGAUGAGAAAGGUCAGGAGAGAUCUCGAGGGAGAGGUGUCGGGGGUCGAUGGGAUCAUCAAAAGCUUGAUAGAAGUGGGCAGUCUUGUCCCGCUCGCCAAGAGGCAAGUAAAACGAGCUUCUCCCCAAUCCUCUCUGCCUCCUACUCCGUCUCUCAAGAUCUGGCUGCCUCUCCUGACCCACUUGUCGGCUACCACCCCCUCCUUCCCUUCUUUCCUCGCCACUUCCAUCCUCGACCUCCUCCUCAACCCUUCCGACCUUUCCACCAACCUGCCAGCUGGUCGACUCGGGUUCAACGCUCAAGCUGAGAUGAUCACUCUAGGCGAGCAGCAGGAGGACGAUGCUAGAGAAGAAGAGGAGAGCUACAGAUGGGGUCUGGGUGUUUGGGUACUUUACCUCUGGCGAGAAGACGCCGAGGUUGAAGGAGCUUUGGGACUUGACGCGGAGGAGAAGACAAUUCUAUACAGACGGUUGGCUAUUGCGCUCUUGCACAAGCACGAUGACCAAAUCUUGGUUCGCCUCCACGAAUCACUAGCCAACAUUGACGAGAACCUCUACGACGUGAUAAACAGUCUUUCAAGCGCUCUGCCUGACCCAGAAGAGGACAAGGGUCUGGACGGACUCGCUAUGGAUGUAGAUGAUGACGAGCUGGAAAAGGGAUUGGGAGAAAUGGAAAAGAGGCUGGCGGAAUUCGAACGACAGAAUCCUCCUGCCCGACAAGCGCCUCGUGAAACAACCUCCCGACCUUCAGACUCGUUGCCUGGCUGGAAACGGCUGACGACAGAAGAGUGGACCCCAUCACCCAUCGGCUCUGCUAUGGCUUGA